CCAAAAUCUGCCAACAAAGAUGGAGGAAAUUGAAACUAAAGAAGGUUUCAUUCCAGGACAUCAUGAAUGUGAGAUCUGCUAUGGAGGUGAAGCUGACUUACACAAGCACUAUACCAGCUGUAAGAAGAAUCCAGGUCAUGUCAACUUUAUACCUGUUAAUGAUUUUAACUUGGAUCAUCUCCCCUCACUUUACCGUGACGUCAUCAUGUUGGAGCAAAUCAAAGCUUUGUCUGCCCUAACGGUCCUGAUAAAGGUCAAGUACACCAGUCUAGCGAGACCAAAGUCAGUUCCAUGCUUCAGUGGUCGGUAUCCAUUUUAUAACACCAGAGGAAGUGACGUGUUGAGGACAGGGACGGGGAGGGUGAGUCGUGUGGACAGGUACACAGAGAGUGACAACAAGGGCACUUGUCCAUGUGGCAAGUGUCAACACUCGGACACACCCAGCAAAGUGUGGGGGGAGGUUUGGGUGAGGACAGCCACACACGUGGUGUUUGAUGACAGUGAGGCGAGACAGACCAAGUGUGUUGUGGGUUUGGAUGACAAUAAAAGUCCUGGGUACAUAGGAGAAACAUAUUACCAAGAUCUGCCAACAAAGAUGGAGGAAAUUGAAACUAAAGAAGGUUUCAUUCCAGGACAUCAUGAAGCCGAGAUCUGCUAUGGAGGUGAAGCUGACUUACACAAGCACUAUACCCGCUGUAAGAAGAAUCCAGGUCAUGUCAACUUUAUACCUGUUAAAGAUUUUAACUUGGAUCAUCUCCCCUCACGUUACCGUGACGUCAUCAUGUUGGAGGUAAUCAAAGCGUUGUCUGCCCUAACGGUCAUGAUAAAGGUCAAGUACACCAGUCUAGAGAGACCAAAGUCUGCUCCAUGCUUCAGUGGUCGUAUCCAUUUUAUAACACCAGAGGAAGUGACGUGUUGA